AUGCAGCGCGAACUUGACCGUCGAAGUUAUCCUGCGACCGCUGAUGGAAUCCAUCGAAGAAACCUCUACGAUUUCGCCAUGAGAGGGAUUCCGCCGCCAGAGUUUCCUGAGCAAUACUCGAGUGAUGACAGCGACGGCGAAACGGAAGGCAUGAGCACGGCAGCCCCCAAUGCCGACCCCAAUGCACGGAGGGACCUGCAGCGCCUGGAGAGGGCGUUGCAAAGUUACAGAUCAGCUCGCAAUACUCUAAGGACGUCCAGGGGCGGAAGCUCUGAUUUGGGGGCCGUGCCCACUGCGAGUGCCCUGCGCGCAUACUGGAACGAGGAAGAUGACAACACUACGAGGCCACCGCGAACGGGUCCCGGGGCGGAACGAAUCCAGCGGGAUGCUAUCCCAGCCCAUGCCCAGAGUGCUCGGGCUUCGCAUGAGCCUCGCUUCAUUGCGUCGACCAAGCCACACCCUUUAGAUGCAUGCAUGCGAGUCAGAAAAUUGCUCCGAUAUCUGUCAGAGCUGAGAGACACAGGCGUCGAAGGAGGACUGGAGGCAGCCAGGAGGCUAGGGCUAGAUUCACUGUACGCCUCGGAAGACUCGAACACUCCUAGCGACCUGCCCAUGCACAUCAACAGCCUUCCAGUCCCACAUUGGAGCUCUUGGUUGCAGCCGGGAAUGACGUGGAACGGGCUGCAGUCCACAGAACGCCACCCUUCACGUUAUUCGCCCGCGCUGCCAGCAAGUCAGCGGCGAGAAUGGCAACAAGCACUGCUUCGAAGGACGCUUGAUGAAAGAGAAGAGAUGCAUCGGGUGGGUACGGACGAAUCUGGUUCUUCUUCGGCCGACCCUAUGCUCGACGCAGAGCGCUUCCUGUCGGAUUUGAUACAGAGAAACAACGGCAGGUGGUCUAUAUCUUUCACCCGGCGCGGAGAUUCAUUGGUAUCUACACGACAUCCACGAGACCCCCCGACCCCCGACUUGGACCGCUGGCCGGUAAAUGUAACCAUUGCCAGUGUUGAUUGGCACACGAUGACCCUGACUGGGACGAUGUCCGCAAGCCAUAUGCCGGACAAACUGUCUCCGGUCCAUCAGUCCACGUCACCUGACCAUUCUACUCCAAGCAGCAUGUCCUCCUAUUUCACAGGAGAGAUUAUUGACUUUCGGCAAAAGCCCUUGGAGACGGAGAAAGAAGGUCGAGACUAUGAGGUUGGUGGACUGGAUGUGGACGCGCGGUAUUGGCAAAGACUGGGACCUUUCAGGAAAGAGAUCGAGAGGGUUAGGCACCUGCAAGGCCAAAGGAGAAGCGAAUACCAGCAAAACAGCCCCCUGUGGGAUGCAUUCCGCAAGGCCGCAGGUCAAGAAGCGGAGAACAAGGAGUCUCAAGGCAGUUCGGCCACUUCGCCGGAACCAGGAACACUCGAACCACAACCGAGGAUCGAGACAGAGGUGGACCGGGAAAUCGAAGGCCAUCAAAUCAUGGCGCGGUGCCUCGGGAGCGCGAAAUGGAUGGAGGAGAAAAUAGGAAACGAGUGGAUCUUGAUGCGUUGGAAAGAGCAAUGUUUUGUUACGGCACCUGGAGAGUCCGCGGAUCCAAGUUCAACGAGGACGAUACUGACAAGAACGGCGCCACCAGAGGCACCGCCAGGCCCAGGCCGUGCUCGGAAUAGCAACGGAUCUACCUCGUGGGGCCUGACCAUUUCGGGCUUUUACUACGUUGCCUUGAACCGGCUGACUGGGGAGAUCGAUGGGUUGUACUACGACCGUGGGUCACAGCCCUACCAGACGCUCAAGAUGACGCCCAAGAAUGCCUCCGGUCCUGUAGGCGACAGCGACCAUCCCCACGCUUGCGCAUGUGGCUCGACCGAUUGCAAAGAACCGGUCGGGGUCAAGAAAUGGUUUCCAUCCAUUGAGUUUCGGUGA